CCGGCAUCGCUCUGCUGAAGGCUGUGCACCCUUCCAUGCUGACGGAGAGAGUCGCUGUCGGCCUCAUGUCCUCGGUUGUAGCCCCAGAAAAAGCCCCCUCCAACACCAUGGGCCCCAAAGAGGUGGAGCUGAUCCUUGUAAAGGAGCAGAACGGGGUCCAGGUCACCUCGACCACCUUAGUGGCACCCACACCGCCUCAGACCAAUGCCAGUGGGGAGGAGGAGAGGGAGACCUGGGGGAAGAAAAUCGACUUUCUCCUGUCGGUCAUUGGAUUUGCUGUGGACCUCGCCAACGUCUGGAGAUUCCCCUACCUCUGCUACAAGAAUGGAGGAGGAGCGUUCUUGGUGCCAUACAUGUUCUUCAUGGUGAUAGCAGGCAUGCCCCUCUUCUACAUGGAGCUGGCGCUGGGACAGUACAAUAGAGAGGGGGCAGCAGGGGUGUGGAAGAUCUGUCCUCUAUUUAAAGGCGUCGGCUUCACAGUGAUCCUCAUUUCCCUCUACGUUGGCUUCUACUAUAACGUCAUCAUCUCCUGGGCGCUGUUUUACCUCUUCUCCUCGUUCACUGGCGACCUACCCUGGGUCCACUGCAACAACAGCUGGAACAGCCCCAACUGCUCAGACUGGGCCGACAACAGUUCAGUCAACGACAUUUACAAGGCCACUCCUGCUCAGGAGUACUUUGAUCGAGGCGUGCUCCACAUCCAGGACAGUAGAGGCAUCGAUGACCUGGGUCGUCCACGCUGGCAGUUGACUUGCUGUCUUGGUGUGGUGAUUGUUCUGCUCUAUUUCAGUCUCUGGAAGGGAGUCAAGACAUCUGGCAAGGUUGUGUGGAUCACAGCUACCAUGCCCUAUGUGGUCCUGACUGUGCUUCUGCUCCGUGGAGUCACCCUGCCUGGAGCCAUCGAUGGCAUUAAGGCCUACCUCUCGGUGGACUUCCUGAAGCUCUGCGACGCCAAGGUCUGGAUCGAGGCAGCGACACAGAUCUGUUUCUCGCUGGGAGUGGGGUUUGGUGUGCUAAUUGCCUUUUCCAGCUACAACAAAUUCAGCAACAACUGUUACAGAGACGCCAUCAUCACCACCUCCAUCAACUCUUUAACCAGCUUCUUCUCCGGCUUUGUGGUCUUCUCCUUCCUCGGUUACAUGUCCUUUAAACACAACGUGGCCCUGGACAAAGUUGCCAGAGAUGGUGCUGGGUUGGUGUUUGUCAUUUACCCAGAAGCCAUUGCCACAUUACCUGGGUCAUCAGUGUGGGCGGUUAUCUUCUUCAUCAUGUUGCUGACGCUGGGCAUUGACAGUGCCAUGGGUGGGAUGGAGUCGGUGAUCACUGGGCUAAUUGAUGAAUUCAAAUGCCUCCACAAGCACAGAGAGCUGUUCACCCUCUUCAUCGUCACCGCCACCUUCCUCAUAUCCCUCUUCUGUGUAACAAAUGGUGGGAUGUAUGUGUUCACCCUGCUGGACCACUAUGCAGCCGGAACAUCAAUUCUCUUUGGAGUGCUUAUUGAAGCCAUCGGCAUCGCGUGGUUCUACGGAGUGGAUCGUUUCAGCGACGACAUCGAGGAGAUGAUUGGCCAGCGACCAGGCCUGUACUGGAGGCUGUGCUGGAAGUUUGUCAGCCCCUGCUUCCUCCUGUUUAUGGUGGUGGUGAGCUUCGCCACGUUUAACCCUCCAAACUACGGCAGCUACGAAUUCCCUCAGUGGGCCAACACGGUGGGCUGGUGUCUGGCCAUGUCGUCAAUGACCAUGGUGCCGAUCUAUGCCAUCUACAAACUCUGCACGCUGCCUGGAAAGUUUUGCAAUAGACUGGCUUAUGCCAUCACCCCAGAGAAGGAUCACCAUUUGGUCGCCAACGGGGAGGUUCGGCAGUUCACUCUGAAGCACUGGUUGGUGGUCUGAGUACUACCAGGAGAGAGGGAGAGGGAUACAGAGGGUGAAAGAGUGAGAGAGACAGAAAAUGAGGUUAUGGACAUUGGGUGGAUGAAUGACUGCACAGCAAAGACCUGGGGAGCAAAGAAUAAGAGAGAAAUAGCCAUUUAAAUUUACCAUGAUUGCGGCUGCGGGGGUGGGAGAUGUUUAAAAGUGCCGAAAAAAACAAACCCAUAGAAAACAGUGUUCUUUUCCAUAAAUACAAAAAAUCCUAUAGUCAAAAAAAUCAUACUGUGUAACUUUUCUUCACUUUGCACGUAGAUAACAAUAUAAUGAAAGUAACAGGGAUAAGGAGUUUGAGAUGCUACAGACAACAAUAUUAUGGUUUUU